GCUGUUUUCUAUCCUUUGAACAUGGAGGCCGUGCCUCGGAUGCCGAUGAUCUGGCUCGACUUGAAGGAAGCUGGGGAGUUUUCCUUUGCCGCUGCCGUCAAACAGUACAUUUUGAAGCAUUAUGGUGAAAAUCCUGACAACUACAGUGAGGAACUGAAGAAACUUGAUCAGCUCAGACAGAGUGCUGUGAAUGUUACGAGAGAUUUUGAAGGAUGCAGUACACUGAGAAAGUACUUUGGCCAGCUUCACUAUCUGCAGAGUCGCAUCCCUAUGGGGUCAGGAGAGGAGGCAGCUGUCCCAGUUACAUGAGGAAUAUGUAUG